CUGCAGCUGCAGAGCCGGUUUGGUAGCUGUCAUCAUCUGUAGGUGUUGUUUAGCUCGGUUAGCUAACCAGUCAGUGUCUCACCUAAAUUCAGGAUAAUGUCUGAUACUGAUUGACAAAAUGAGAACGUUCAAAAAUGGACCAUCGACAAAUAAUCACCCGCUAACUGAGUGAACUGUUGGGCAGCUUCUUCUCACAUGUAGCUCACAUUAGCAUCCUGGCUAACCUAACAUGCUAAGCUAGCUGGUUUCGUUCGAGACAUUUAUCAAGAACGACACCAGACAUUGCGCAUUACUUUAAACUCGAGUAUAAAGCGGCUCUGUUGUUCCUGACUUUGCUUUAGAGGAUGGGUGAAUGUGAUCGUGCGUUUAGUGAGAAGAAGAGAGGCAGUGGGAAAUGUAGCUAAACGUGUGGCUGCGUCUCGUUCGGAAGCGAACAGUUCAGUUUAAUUCAGAGUUUGUAAGUUGGUGACUUUGGGAAAGAUGGUCACUUUAGGCAGUAGAGUUUGGUGCCGUGUGGAGAAGACGUGUCGGCACUUGCCCAUCGUGCUGAACACGGUGCUGGUCUUCUCGAUCACGGCCGAGGUCAGCUAUCUGGUUGUGGUCGAGGCCCCGCUUGAGCCAGAGCUGAAGAAGUCCGACUGGUCGUCCACCUGGAAGAGCAUCCAUCUCUUCGCUCAGUACUUCAUGCUGGUCAACAUAACGUGGAACGCCUUGCUGUUUCUCAAGACUAACCCGAGUAUUCGAGGAGUGUUUUUGGGCGGGGAUAUGGUGGGCCAGGGAUGGAGGUACUGUUACACUUGUGAGACGCACACACCUCCACGGUGCUCACACUGCUACGACUGCAAUGUGUGUGUGCUGCGGCGAGACCACCACUGUGUGUUCUUUGGCCAGUGUGUGGGUUUCCGUAAUUACCGUUACUUUCUGAGCUGCCUGUUCUUCAUGUGGGCUGGUCUGCUGUAUGCCGUGGUGAUGAAUGCUGAGGUCUUCAUUGUCAUCUUGAAGGAAGGUGUCACCUUUCACAGUUUUAUGCUUCUCUUGGUUCCCUGGAUUAUGCUUGUCACUGGUCAAGUGACGGCGCAGGCCUUUGCCUUCGCUUUCAUUGCAGACACCUGUGUGAUAGGCUUCCUGCUGGUCUCUGCCUUCCUCUUUUUCCACGUGGGGCUGAUGGUGAGAGGGCAGACCACGAGGGAGUGGUACUCCUCCCGCCGGCCCUACAGCCUCGGCAUACUGGCCAACAUUCGGGAAUGUCUGGGUGAAUGCUGGUUCCUCUGCUGGAUCUGCCCGCUCAUCCCCUCUGUGCUGCCUGGAGACGGCAUCCAUUUUAAGGUCACAGGCUCCUUGGAGCCAGUGCGGUGAUAACUGCAUGCAGCUGAAUGUUUUUCCUGUGGUAAUAUGAAGCCAGAGCUACUGUAAUGUUCCAGAUGAGAGUGAGAUUAUCUGAUUUGAAGCACUGAUUUAGCUGAAGGAGCACUGUUGCAAUGGAGGCUUGGAACAUUUACCAGCGUUCUUGAAAUAAUUACCAGCUGGCUUUGCCUGUUGGGUACCAAGAGGAAAUUGCCUUUUUAGUUGACAGGUUAAUUUGUAUCAUUGUUUUAGACAAAAAGGGACAGAGUUGUUGAUCAUGAGUGAUUUUUGGUUGGCCUUGAUAUAUAAUGUACUGUAUGUAAUGUGGUGCGGUUAUUCCAUUGAAGGCAUUUAUGUCGUUCCAGUGCACUAUAAUCAUGUCUUUGUUAAACCAAAUGGGUGUUAUUCUGAUUAAGGAGGUUUUAGUUGGGAUGUGUAAUUUUUUUAUUUCCUGUAUUUGUAUUUUUAUAUUUUAAUCACUCAGUUAUGUGCCAAAUAACACUGAAACCCAUAAGCCAAGGUAUAACUAAUACUUCUGAUUUAAUAAAAUGUUUGACUUUAAACCCAAA